AUGGACGUUCCUUACCGACCGACGGAGCUUAUCUCAUUAACGUACGGCCUGUCACUCGCCGAGAGUAUGGAAGUUCUACUCCUAUUGUUUCUUUCAGCAUUCCUGAUCGCAUCGGUUUUCUUCGUCGCAGUCAUCCCUGGACGUCGAGCAAUACUCCUAGAUCGUUUCCAAACGUCUAAACAAAAGGCAAGCGUGUCCCUCACGCCGCCGCGAUUGAUCACGCCACAUGAAAAACAGAGACCAGUCAGAAAUACCUCACAGCCACAAUACGCAGACGUCUUCCCACCGCACCGCCGACUAGCGCUUGCCGAUCUACCCUCAGAUGCUCUGAAAGGAUCCGGAGCUACUGGUCUUGAGCUCAGCAAAUUGUCGCCAGACUAUAGCAAGCCUGUGCCAGACAAAGCUGUCUCCAACAGCGACGAGCUGCUCGAUCGCACCACACCGACAGGCUACUCGGUCGCUGAGAUCAAGCGGCUGGGCGACUUUCCAGACUAUGCCUCUCUCUCCGGCAUACCUCUUCCCACAGCAUACGAAGCCUUCAACAUCGAUACGGCGAUGCCCAGGCCAUACCGGCCUUACAGAUGGCCUUAUCAUCAGACAAUGUCUCUGUCCAAGCUUGACCAUGACUUCUGGCUGGAGUUGGACAAAAACUAUGUUUCAGUGAUCGAACAGAGACAGCAGCUGUUCCAGCAAUAUGGCGACUCGGUCAUUCGGGCCUUGCCAGGUUCCGAGUUAGCCUGCAAAGAGUUGAUGGAGAUGGUGGUGCAGUUCCUUUGCGCCCGGUACCCGCAGCAUUUCCGUCUCGACAGGGUGCAGCUCGUCUUCCACAAUGGCAUCCUCGACACACAAACAGAUCUCAACGCGACUGAGCCCUUGCAUGUACUAUUGCAGCACGUUCCAGAAGACUUCGCCAUCAUGGUCCGCGAUCCACUGACAGGCAUCUACAGCUUCCGCGCCGGCAUCAUCAUGUCUUCGCUCGGCUGGAACCUGGGUAGCAAGAUCGGGCUGAAACUGUCAGAGAUCCACUCACCGGUGCCGGAGUACAAGGAGAAGAUGCAAUUCUCGAUGGACCGCUACUUCGCAAAGAAGCCAACCGACCGAGCAAUACAACGCGGAUCUUGGGGACUCGAAGUGGACCAACCGUUGUACAUGCCGCCGGGUGACCCGCAAGAGGCACACAGAGAAGAACAGAAUCCAGAGCUCACGGUCGACCGGGUGCAUCUCCGUGUGGACUGGCAAACGCUGCGAAGACUACCGUUGAGUGGCGCUGUUGUCUUUAACUUCAAGGGGCUCUUCACGCCAGUCACUGAAUUUCGAAACGAGCCGUAUAUCCCAAGCUUGAUCUUGAAGGUGCUCAAGGAGGGGAAGCGCAGUAUAAUGGAGUACAAGAGUACAUGGCAUACCGAGCAUGUCGUCAUUCCAGCGUUGGAGCAAUACGAGCGGGAGCAGAUAGAUAAUGGUUUGAUUGAGAAGGACUGGGAGCCGCAGACUCUGGACGAAUCGCCGUUCUUCCCUGGGUGGGAGGAGAAGUGGCAUCGACAGCAGGGCUUUUGA